AUGGAGCCGAGCCUCCAGAAGCCUGACCAGGAGAACUCCAACAUUACUGACUUUGAUGGCAACAAAGAUAGAACCGACGAUCUCACGAGACCCAAUUACAAUGCUCCGGGACAAUCUAGCUUCCUCAACUUUGGCCCUGUCAAGAAUUAUCGGAAGAAACAAGUGCUCGUGGAUGCGAUGAGCAAAACGAACGGUCCGUCGCCUUUGCACCAGGGUUUCCGCGGUUCGGGAGCAAGCAGCGGCACCACACCUGUCUUGCAUGCCUUCGACCACUCAUCCGAUAAACGUCCGGACCGCGUUCCCGGCGACCCGCACUCGCAUCACCAGGUUCGGAUCUAUGGCAACGCUGACCAGACUGGGGGUCAUGUAGCGUACCAUCUAUACCCCAAUGGCGACAAUACCGUUAGACAAAACGGUCAAAUAGUACGAGACCCUGGUGAGUACAAUUAUGCGAUCGAGAACAUGCAUCAACAUGGGCCGGGCGUCUAUCGGAUUCCCAAGGGAUACAAGGGCGUCGAAGAGGAAUGGCGAGAAAACGGUGGAGUAAGAGAACGGCAGGCCGACGGCAGAGAUGCGGGCAACACUGCGAAACAUGCACGAGGAGGACAUCGAGUAUAA